UUGAAAUGUAUGGAGUAUUCUUAGUAUUUUGAGAAUUUUAUACAUUUUUAUAUGCAUCCAGAUUAGAUAUUCUUCAAAAACUCUACAAAUUCCAAACAAAAUUACUUCUAUGGAAUCUGAUUCCAGGAGUCCAUUCAAGUCCAAGAAAGCAAAAUCGUUCAAGUUUCUUCACAAAAAAGACAAGGAAAAAGAAGACAGAGAAGAUAAAAAGAAAGAAAAAGAAGAAAGAAAGAAGGAGAGAGAAAAGGAGAAAGUGGAGAAGUUACGAGCCAAAGAGGAGAAGAAACGAAGCAAGAAAGAGAAGAAGAAGCAUGUUGAACCUUAUGUUGAAGACAGUGCAUGCAUGGUGUUUGGGGUGCCUCUCAGCACUGCAGUCGAGCGCAGCCCUUCCCAUGAUGGCAUCAGAUUGCCCCUUGUUGUGCGCCAGUGCAUCGACUACAUAGAGCAGCAUGGUCUACAGUGUGAAGGCAUCUACCGCCUAAGCGGCGUCAAGAGUAAAGUACAGCACCUGCGACGCUGCUUCAACUCUGCCGCCCCCGUCUCCUUGAGCGGCCACGACCCCCAUGUGGUGGCCUCCUUGCUGAAGCAGUUCCUCAGGGAGCUGCCAGAGCCCGUGCUGACAGCUGACAUGACGUCGCAUUUCGAGGACGCGUCGCAGAUCCCGGGCUGGCGGGACCGCGCGGAUGCGAUCCGGCAACUUCUGCAUCGCCUGCCCACACCCAACGCCCACCUGGUGGGCCACAUGCUGGCCCACAUGGGACACGUCAUCGAGAAUGAGGCUGUCACUAAGAUGAACUACCAGAACGUCUGCAUUGUCUUGUCUCCUACCAUGCGCAUCUCUCAUCGUGUGCUCAACGUGUUCUUCCAGAACCACGCUUAUCUCUUCGGGGAUGUGCACAUUGUGAGGUACCGGCCCCCAGUGAGGACGAGCAGCGCCGUAGAAGGGCUGCUGGGAGCCACGGAAGUUCGAGAGGAGCUGCGGCGGCAGGACGCUGCGCUGGCGCACCUCCACAAGCUGCUCGCCGCCUCGCCCCACAACACCGUCGUGCAGGAGCAGCUCUGGGAGACCCAGCGCAUACAUACUCUGCUCAAGCGCAAGUUGAAGCUGUGUCAACGUGAAGAGUGUGAAGUGCGUGCACCAAGUGAAGACAUCUCGUCCGAAGACAGUCAAAGAGAGAGCGUCUCUGAGAACACGAGCAACAACAGCACAAGCAUCCUCAGCACUGCCUCCAACAGCCUUAAUGCCCUCGCUGACAACGGCCUACCUACUAGCACUGGAAACGAUCUACCCGCCCUAGCUGGUCACGACCUACCCGCCCAUAACGAUAACGGCCUCACUGCCACCACAGAGUCGCGAGAUAACACAAUGCAGCAUCGCAUACCUAAGUUGCCGAAACCCGUCUCGCGAGUCAAGGCUUUGUCAGACAACGUCCCCGUUGUUGAUGGUGGUACCGGCCCUGAACCUCUGGAUGCCGCUAGUUUAAAAGCAAUAUCUAUGAGCGGCUCGGAGGCUGUUGGUAUCUCUGGGGCUGUAGACGACCGUGAUGGCCCUUGCGUCCAGCUGCCUGUUGUGCUUCCCAGUGACGAUAUUUCACCAGGAUCGCGGAGUGGCCAUGUGACCGUGAUUGACAUCGACGGAGGUGUGGACUUUGUUGCACUUCCUCCUCCCGAAUUUGGCGGGAAAAUAUCUGCUGACAUUUGCAUACCUCCAGCAUUUGGUGACGGGAACACGGGUGAUGUGUUAACGGAAACCGCCAGCUUAGUCCAGUUGCCAGAGGUCGCCAGCUCGGUCGAGUUGCCAGAUGUUACCAGCUCUGUGGUGUUGUCAGAGGAUGCCAGCUCUGUGUUAUUACCAGAGAUUGCUACCUGUGCCCUGAGACACACUGACCAAUUAAGUGAUUCUACAGCAACAUAUCCCCUCCAGUCUGUGUGUGUAGACGAAGAACUGGUGGCGCUGGUUCGCGAGGAGGCUCAGCUUCUUGCUUACCACGCCGAAUUGCUUGCUAUGAACCACGACCUCUCGCGCAAGCUGCAUGCUGAGACGGCAGAGAUAUGUCGCCUUAAGGAAGAGAUUCUAGAGCUGCACACCCUCUACGGAUACAGAACGUACUCGUACGAUAGCAGUGAGAGUGAGGGUGAGAGCGAGAGCGGCGUGACGGCUGCCGCUGAUAGCGAUAAUGAAGAAGAGUUGCUAAGUCAGCUGCUGCAGCACAACGCACAGCUUCAG